AUGGGCUCAAAGUAUGUCGACUGGACUAGAGAGGCCUUGAUUGAAAGGAUUGUGCAAUUGGAGAAGACUAUUCAACAAAGUGGCUCAUCUGCGCCGAAGUUCCAUAAACAGAAGUCGAAGGGCCAGAGACCUAUAGAUUUCUCCAAAUAUUCAACUAGAAAGAUUGCACUGAGGUUCAGCUACUUGGGGUGGAACUACAACGGCCUGGCAGUACAGAAGGACCCGACUCCGCUGCCCACUGUGGAGGGAGUGAUUCUGCAAGCGUUGGAGCAAUGCCGGCUGAUCUCUGAUGCUUCUAACCCUCAGGGCUGCGAAUUCAGUCGAUGUGGUCGAACUGAUAGAGGUGUUAGUGCCAUGAACCAGGUGAUUUCGCUCAGAGUGAGAAGCAAUCUGACACAGGAAGAGCAGGGCGUGAAGUCCAACGACCCCAGAGAGAUCGACUACCUGAACAUUUUGAAUUGUCUACUGCCAAAGGAUAUCAAGAUUCAUUCCAUAUGCCUCCGUCCAGUGGAAGGAUUCGACGCAAGGUUCAGCUGUAUAUCAAGACAUUACAAGUAUAUCUUCCAUGGAGAGAGACUCGACAUUGCAAAGAUGGAGGAGGCUGCGCACCACUAUGUCGGUGAGCACGACUUCCGGAACUUCUGUAAACUUGAUGGCUCCAAACAGAUCACCAACUAUAAGAGAACCAUGUUGCAAUCGAGAAUCCUGGAGUUGAACAAUGGAUUCUACUGCUUCGACCUGGAAGGCAGUGCCUUCCUGUGGCAUCAGGUCAGAAACAUGGUUGCGGUGUUGUUCUUGGUUGGACAAGGACUCGAGUCUCCAGGAGUUGUUAGAGAGCUAUUGGACGUUUCACAUACGUUCCCAACAAAGCCUGUGUUCGAGAUGGCAUCUGACUUGCCCUUGGUGCUUUAUGAUUGCAAAUUCCCGGAGAUGGAGUGGAUUGAAGCCAUUGAGGGCACCAAGAACGACCGUACAAACACCACGAUAUACUCCAAUUGGCUGGAAUUGCAGAUACGUUCACAGAUAUCAACAAUGAUGCUUGAAAAGUUCCGUGCAGAGUCAAAGCACAGUAACAAUGCAAUCAGAAUCAACUUGGGAGAUGGCAAGGGUAGAGUGAUGGCGCAAUACGUUCCUUUGGACAAGAGGGAACUACACGAGUCGUACGAGGUCAUCAAUGAAAGGUUCAAUAAUAAAAAGCAGAGAACUAAAUAG